GAAGGGAAAUAAACCAAUGACUGAGGUGUUUUCCCCAAACAGUACUGUUACAGCUUCCGCAAUUUCGGUUUUAUAGCAGCAACUUCCUCCCCUGAUAAGCCACCACCUGGGGCUCCCGCAAAACAGAGCAGGCUUUAUUCUCACUGACAUAAAAUGGCAAAGCAGAGAGGCAUGAUCUUUUUUCUCAACAUUAGCCCUAGUAACAUGAGUUGAUUUGUAUUCUUGGUUUUAAAAGCUUGGUGGUUUGUGGCUUUCCUACUGAUAGACAGUCUGGAAAGUUUAGUUUUCCGCAACGUCACAGCACCUCACUGGGGAAGAAGUGACUGACGCCCUCUUUCACUUCGUAGAAUGUCAUUAGAGUCGCAAAGAGAAGAUUAAAUCAGUCUGUACAGUUACUGGAGGGAUCGUAACGGUAGUCGCCUCUCAGUGUAGGUCAGUUGAAUGGGCCUGAAAGAACUUCAUUUACAUCUACAGCCCUUCAUUUGAGAAGAUGAUGUGCUUAUAAGCACCAGCUAACAGCUGAAGAUGCGGGAUUCCUUUCUGACUUAUCACCAGAUCAGAGACAUGGUUUGUCUGAGUCAAGAAAAAAGGAAAACACAUUGACCACUUCCUUUCUGGUGUCUAUUCACUCCUUUGUGAAGUAAGAAAGUCACAUUCACUCAGACUCACUCUAUCAAGUUCACAAGCGGAACAAUACUACAUUCUUCAGGACCUUUGAUUCUUCGUGCUGGAGCCACAUUAAUCUAAACGCACUCAAUGGUGGGAACUACAUCCAGCGUCUUUGCAAAGAUGGUAGACAACCAAUCCGCAACCCCCAUAGAGAAGAUGAAGGAGGAAUGUGUGGUCAAUGACAAGAUGAUACCCUUUGCUUCAAUCUACAUCCUCAUUUUCCUAAUAGGCUUAGCUGGCAGCCUGGUGGCACUGUGGGCCUUCAUAUACAGUAAGAACUCUAAGAAGUGCAUAAAUGUCUACCUUAUCAACCUUCUGACCUCUGACUUCCUGCUCACACUGGCAUUACCAUUCAAGAUUGCCAAAGACCUGGGGGUGCAGUCUCAGAGACUGACCAUUUUUCAUUGUCAAGUCAGUUCGCCACUCAUCUACAUCAACAUGUAUGCCUCCAUCAUCUUCCUAGCCUUCGUCAGUGUCCACCGCUACCUCCAGAUCACCCAUAGCUCCAAAAUGUUCCGUCUACAGGAGGUGGGCUUUGCUGCGAUGAUGUCAGUUGUGGUUUGGCUCUUGGUGCUCUUCAUUAAUGUUCCAAAUAUGGCCAUCCCGAUCAAGGACAAAAUUCCAGACAGUAAUUCAUUAACCUGUGCUGACUUAAAACAGGAGAUUGGCAAGCACUGGCACACCCUCUCUGCCUUUCUGGGCAUGGCGAUCUUCCUGAACGCCUCAGCAGCCGUGCUUCUGUCCAAUGGCUUGGUGCUUAAGCAGUUUUGGGGCAGACGUGGGGGAGACCCCAAGGAACAGGCCAGCGCUCACCAAGCCACUGUCAACAUUACCAUGGUGACAGUGGCUUAUGUGGUGUGCUUUGUACCAUACCAUGCCGUGCGAAUGCCUUACACGUUCACACAGAAUCAGGUGAUCACUGACUGCAGUGUGAGGAAACAUCUUUUCUUAGCCAAAGAGUCCACUUUGCUUCUGGCCAUCUUGAACCUGUGCUUUGACCCGGUGCUCUACUUUUUUUUCUGCCGCUCAUUCAGAAACCAGAUCACUCAGGUUUUCUCUAAAAGGACCAUAUCAGACAGAAAUGCCACAUCCGACCCAGACCAAGAGCAACAGCUGCAACCAGUGACAACAGUGUAAAAAACUUUUUUCUCCUGCAGCAGAGAGCAAGACAAAAAGAAAGAAAGAAGUUUGAAACAGGAAGCCACACAUACCAAGUCUUACAUUGUAUUUGGUACUGUGCUGCAUGCUGUGGUACUUUAAUACAAACAUGCAAACAAUUUGAAUUCAAGCAUUGCACUGCAUGGAUCUGGGAAUGUAAGACACAGAGAAUGUUCAUAUAGACAUGAAAAGGCAAAAAAAAACUGUAAACAUCUCAUUAUAUGAUGACCAAAUAGCAUGAACAUGCAAUAAUGUGCAAUUUUCUCCCCCAAGUAUAGCUUAGUAUACAUUUACAAGGAUGAAGAUAAAGAAGUGAACUGUGUUGGUGUUUGUACAUUUUCACAUUUAAUGGAAAUCAUUGUAUUUAUGUAAUUAUAUAUGUAACUAACAGAAGGAAAGUUUUGUUAUUCUGUCAUCUCCAGUCCAACCUACUUUAAAUAUAAGUUGAUUUUAUUUUUAAGUUAAUAAAUUUGUAGCUUUCUGAAAUGUUUGGGCUAAUAUGUGGUUCAGUGUAAAAAGUUAGUUACCACUUUUAUCUAAUGUCCAGUCAAAACAGGGAUUACAUACAAGCUAUUCAUUUUUUCAGAAGAUAUUUUCAAAACAGGAGUUCAAAAAGGAAUAAAUGAUAUAAAGAAAAUGGGACUCCUAACAACUGUGCAAUCUGUGCAAAACUAUCAAAAUCAGAGGAACGGUGUUUAAAGCUUUCAUCUUUGAGAGAGAGGAGAAAAUCAAGCUCCACUUUUGCUUCAGUGUUUCUGUCCAUCCUUCCACUGUGAAAAGACAA